UGUGAUGGAGGGGGAAGUAAAAUUUACCACACCCUGCACGCACUAUUUAGAGGCUAAUCGACGAUCGUGAUUCUGUUCAACCACGAAGUUGGCCUCUCUGAUAUGUGUUUCUACACCAUUUCGGUGCUUAGUGGACUAUAAAAAACACCCAUGGAGUUAGAAAAUAUUGUUGCAAAUACAGUGUAUUUGAAAGCAAGAGAAGGAAAUGGAGGGAAACGAAAGGGAAGAAGCAAAAAAUGGAAACAAAUCCUGAAAUUUCCGCAUAUAUCUCUCUGUCAAAACUUAAACAUAGAUGAUAACUUUACUAGUAUAUGUGAGCAACAGCCAAUCGGGAAGAAGCUCUUUAGGAUGUUCUGCAAAACAAAACCAGAAUUGUGUAAAAUAAUAUCAUUCUUAGAUCAAGUUGAUCUUUAUGAAAUUUCAGCAAAAGAAGUUAGGACAGAGAAAGCAAAGGACAUUUAUUCCAAUUAUCUUAAGGGUAACAACAGACUAGCGCCUUUGGUUGAGGAGAACACAGAUCACUGUGAAGGUGCUUUGAAUUCUAAUGAUUCGCCUAGUAAAGAGCUGUUCCAUCAUUAUGCAGUAAUUGUACGUGAAUAUUUAAUGGGUGAGCCGUUUAGGGAAUACAAAUCAAGUAUGUACUAUUCAAGGUUUUUACAGUGGAAGUAUUUGGAGAACCAACCGGCCACUAAGAACACCUUCAGACAGUACCGAGUGCUUGGCAAAGGUGGAUUUGGUGAGGUUUGUGCCUGCCAGGUGCGGUCAACUGGAAAGAUGUAUGCGUGCAAGAAGCUAGAGAAGAAGCGAAUCAAAAAGCGCAAGGGAGAGUCGAUGGCAUUGAACGAGAAGACACUAUUGCAGAAGGUUAACAGCAGAUUCGUGGUGAGUUUAGCAUACGCCUACGAGACAAAGGAGGCUCUGUGUCUUGUCUUGACCAUUAUGAAUGGCGGAGAUCUGAAGUUCCACAUCCAUAAUAUGGGUUCACCGGGAUUUGAUGAAGGGCGUGCCCGUUUCUAUGCCGCUGAGAUCACCUGCGGACUGGAGCACCUAAACCAACUACGCAUUGUCUAUCGUGACAUGAAACCUGAGAACAUUCUGCUAGAUGAUCACGGUCAUGUGAGAAUUUCUGAUCUUGGGCUUGGGUUGGAGAUUCCAGAGGGAGAGAAGAUUAUGGGAAGAGUUGGAACAGUCGGUUAUAUGGCACCUGAAGUUGUGAAAAAUGAACAGUACACAUUCAGCCCUGACUGGUGGGGGUUAGGUUGCCUCAUCUAUGAAAUGAUACAGGGAAAAGCCCCGUUCCGUGCCCGCAAGGAGAAGGUAAAACGAGAGGAGGUUGAUCGGAGAGUGAAGGAAGACACAGAGACCUACACAAAUUCAUUCAGUCCAGAAGCAACUGCAAUUUGUAAACGAUUACUUAACAAGGAUCCGGAGCAACGUCUUGGUUUCAAGGAAGGCUCUGCCCAAGAGGUCAAAGAUCAGACUUGGUUUAACUGUAUUAAUUUUAAAAGGCUUGAAGCAGGCAUGGUAGAACCACCCUUCAAACCUGAUCCUAGAGCAGUUUAUGCCAAGGAUGUUCUAGACAUUGAGCAAUUUUCUACAGUCAAGGGCGUGAAUCUAGACCAUAGUGAUGAGAAGUUUUACGAGAAGUUCAAUACUGGAAGCGUAGCAAUACCAUGGCAGAAUGAGAUGAUUGAGACAGAGGUGUUCAAAGAACUGAAUGUGUUUGGUAUAAACAACACCCCCACCCCUGAUCUACUUCUUGACCAACCCCCUCCUCAGCCUAGGCCUGGUUUCUUUAGUAGAAUUUUCAAACGAAGGGUGUUCACUUUGAUGUCUAAACCAAUCAGGAAGUGUUGCCAUGGUUAUUGUAGUGUCGGUGUGAUUGUUCAAUCUGCUUUUUCAGGAUUAGGACGGUUAACAACAACAUUAUUAGCUUUCAUGACCGACAUUCAGGAAAUCACAUUAAUAUGCAGUCAUUCAAUACUCACUGACACUCCAGUGUUUCGUCGUCAUAUCAUUUACAAAACAAGAAAGGACAUCUGCGUUGCAGGACGCAGGAUUUAA